AUGACUGAUGAGUCUUUAAAACAAUUAUUAAAAAAGUGGGAAUUAGAAAUUUUAUACCAAACAUGUAUAGAUCAGUUAGUGAAUAUAAAAGUUUUAAAAAUUAUGAAAUUUGAGCAUGCCAAUGAAUUGUUAAAAUCCUAUCCAGUAGGAACAAAAGUAAUUUUUACUCAUGAGUUAGAAAAAUGGCAAAAAAAAAUCAAGUCUUGCCGUUGGAUCUGGAUAGUGCAAAGCAUCAUAAGGAAUUGUGUAGCAUAG